AUGUGCACUUUGGGGAAGUGGCAAGAUGCUGAAGACAUGUUGACUCAGAUGUUGGACAAAAGUACAGCUGCUAAUGUGGAGACCUACAACAUGUUGAUUCACAUGUAUUGUAAAGAAGGGAUGGUUGCUCAAGCUAGGGCUUUAUUUGAAUACAUGAUUGACGAAGGCCAGGUUCCCGAUAUCAUCACUUAUAAUGCUUUAAUAGAUGGAUAUUGCUUACUUGCUCAGAUGGGUUACUUCCAAAUGGGCUUUCUUCAUAGUAAUGAUGUCAGCAAGUCUUUGGAGUUUGUCAGCAUUAUGACCAAUGAAGGGUUUACAGCUGAUGCUCAAACUACUUCAUUAUUCGUGGACUUACUCAUAGAUCCCAGAGUCAGCAAAGAAAACAAGGCUUUGCUUUAA